CUUUUUUCUGUUUCAUUUUUUUUCUUUCUUUUUGUUUUCUUUCUAGUAUAUUGUAUUCUUUGCUUUCGUUCGUUCAAAGCUUUUCAUCUUUCUCAUUUCGAUUGCAACUUGCAUUCGUUCUUCAUCUGUGUGUGUGUGUGUUGAAUGGAAUUGCACUUUUUUUUAUUUCACACUGUAGAUCUUUUGUUACAAGAAAUUUAUACUCGACACUCCUCUCCUUCGCAUCCCACACAACACAUACAUUCCUGCACAUCCCUCUGCAUAUCAACCCUCUACCGAUCUUCUCUCUAAAAAAAAAAAAAUCCACCCUUGCAUCAUCUGGAGAACUUCUCCAGUCCUCUUUUUUUGUUCCUGGAUCAUUACUUACAUCUCGUCUAGCACUAUCAUCUUUUGUAUACAGUAUAUUCUCUCUCUUCACUCGCUACUGCAUAACCUUGCUUCAUUUACCUUCACCCAUAAUUUAUCCAGAAUGACUUUCUCCGGUCUUCUCAUUGUACGUGAUCCUAAGCAAAGCUGCAAGGGAGGCGUUCAGUCAUCCACUUCUCCUUCCUUCUCCACCACUACUUCACCAACGUCUGCGACAGCUAAAUCCCCACAGUUAGAACAGCAGCAAUCUUCAAAGCAAUAUACAGCAUCAUCCUCUAGACAGGACCUGAAUCGACGAUCCACUAGUCCAACACUAAAUACAAUCUCAGCAAAGUCAACAAAUGGGUCUGAAAUGGCAUCGGAUAUGCUCUCUAUGGCAAAGAGCACAAAUAUCACUGCGAGCGACGCGAGCCAGUCAACAAUCCCUACUUCCCAAUUAUCAUCACCACCAUCGUCGUCAUCAAUGCCAUCGAUGAGCCUAAUGGAAAGUCCCUUAGGAGGUCUCGUCCAGGUGGAUAUGGUCAAUACCUCGAUGCUUCUUGAGCAACAUAGUAUCCAUGCUACAGAGGCAACAUCAACAGCUCAAUUGACUUCAUCCACGAGUGCUUCACUGACUUUGUCUCCCUUGACCUCAUCAAUGGAUAUGCAACAACGACAACAGAUUCCGACAGCUUCGCCCAUUGCCACACCCAUACCAACUUCGACUUUAACUUCAUCAAAAACUUCCUCAAUUGGUAAGAAAAAAGGAGCGCCCCAGAAUCUCAGCCCAGCACAUAGCGCUGCCUACAGGAAACGCCUGAAUGUCAACCAAGUAUGCGACUGGUGCAGGUACCGUAAAAUCAGGUGCGACCGAGAGUCACCUUGUAACUCCUGUCAACAUUCCAAGCGAGAAUGUGUCCGUACCCCUCCUUCAGUCCUGCUCAGCAGAUCCAACGCUGCCAACGCUGCUGUUGCUGCCUCCGCUGGUGUCGAGUCUUCGCCUUCAAGCCCAAUUACCAUCACUAAUAAAACAAAACGCAGUCGUGUUGACACAAAGGAUGUGCAAUCUCCUCGUGGCAACAAGUCUUAUCGGAGCAGUAGUAUCUCUUCAUAUCACAGUUCAUCUUAUACCUCCUACUCCUCAGACCAAGAUGAGAAUGAUGAACAUGACGAUGCAGCGUCUACUCGUAGCGGCUCCACAAAGACUGGUGCCUCUUCUGUGUCACCUGUUGUAGGGUCUCUCACCUUGGCCGGUUUGGGUCUCGGUAGCCUCGCUGGGGUCUUGGAUACUUCAAGCAACGAUAUGCAAUUAGAUACACCACCUGUAUCAUCUUCGUUUCCGAACGCUGCAUUUGCGCUAGGGCAAACACAGGCGCCAACAAUGCAAGGUGGUUCAGAAUCAGGAGCAUGGAGACCCUCCAGUGUACCCCAGGAUCAAGAGACUUUAGAGCGUAUGAGGCGAAUUGAACUCUUACUGAGCAGCGUCAUCCCUGGCGCCGCUGAAUUUAUUACAAAUGGAGCAAAUGGUUCUCAGCUGUUGCAGCAUCAGCAGCGACAGGCAUCACCGCAUGGAGGCCGCGCCGAUAAGAAACCAUUGUCUGUCAUCACACAAGGUUUGAAUCAACUGCAGCAACGUGACAUGACCAUGUCGCCUAUGGAACGUCUCUCAAAUAUCUCCCUUGCCUCGCCUGCUGUGAAGGAUUCAUCGUCAAUGCAAAACAAUGUUCAUGAAGAGAAGCUCAAUUUGCAACAACUACAGCAGCAGCAGAACCAUCAAUCGCCGCUAGACUAUGCAGAGAGAAUGAAGCGUAUUGAGAUGCUCCUGGUCACAGUUCAAGAUCUACCCAUUGCCAAGGCCCUCAUCGGACAAUCUCAGGACAUCUCUCAGUCCUCACGAAGCAAGGACGGUGAUAUUCAAGAGAACAGCAGACCUCAAAAGAAAAUGCCGAAGAAGUACAAGAGCGAUCCAAAGAAAAAUCUAAUCAUCAACAGCAAUGGUCAAGUUGUCAAGCGACCUCACGUGGCUGCUGGAUUCGCAGGCCAAAAGCCGCCACCAAAAUUGCCUCAAGCGAUUGCAGAGGCAGCCCAGAAGAAACAAGGCGCCCGCAAAAAACGAACUUCUGCAGCGGCGACUCGAGCGACGACUGCCAAUGCCAGCGCUAAUGCUAAUACAAAUGCCGAGAAGAACUCGAGCACCGCACGAGCUGCCAGAGAAGCCUCAGUUAAAACUAUGACCUCUGAGCAGGCUCAUGAGAGUAUUAAGCCCGAUUUGAAAACAGUAACUCCCUCUCCAACCGCCUCGCUUGAAAUCCCAUCUGCGAUUGGAAAUGAAAACAUUAUGCAAUUUGACCCUAACCAGACGCUAAUGAUGCCGCAGCAUGAUUCAUAUCAUCGUGGUUCAAUUCCAGUUGCCCAGCAACAACCACAGCCACAGCAACAUUCGUCUUAUCGCAACUAUCAGCAGCAAUUUCAACUGCCGAUGACAAACACUGCUUCGAUGACCAUUCCUUUGAACACCAUUGGGACUUAUGAGUCAUUGGUCGUCCCUGCAUCAUCUUCUCCAGCAUCAUCCGUAGCGUCUUCUCCUCGAAGCGCAAAGGCAGAGCCCGUAAUCCCAGAUGGAUCACUUCAAGGGAAAAAUAUGGGAGACAUGGAGUUGAAUGACUCUAGAUUAUCUUCCUUGGGUCUAGAAGGAUCGCAGAUAGAGCAUCAAUACGCUUUUAUGCAACAGCAACAUCCAAUCCAUUCAUUCUCUGGUGACCAAUUUCAAGCUGGGUUUGAUUUUGCAAGCGAAAGUACAAGUCAGCAGCAGCAACAAACUUUCCACCCCCAUCUGUCACAACAACAUGGUGCCAUUGCAUUUCCUCAGCACGCAGCUUUCAGCGAUUUUGGUUUGGAUAUGGAUGAGUCGCUGGAAGCAUUAAUGAAGAAGGAUGUUGUUGGUCCUUUAGGUGGAAUUACAGGAAAUCUUGCGGAUAGUUCUAGUACUACUUUACUUCAAGGACAUCAUGGAUCCACACCGUUCAAUUCAGCAAUCUAUGACAAUCAGUUUGGUUUCUUUCAACAACAGCAGCAACAACAGCAGCAGCAGCCAUCACAAUCAUUACAACAGCAAAUGGAUUAUCAAGAUGUUUUGGGAUCAAUGUGGACCUCUGGACAGACUGGAUCGUUCAGUGUCCCUGCUCAUAACAAUCCACAAAACCCUUGGUCUCAUCAAUCUUCACAAAGUAUUAACAUUAGUGCGGAUGAUUCCUCACAACCUGAGAUGGAGCUCAAAGAAGGACAAAGCCAGGAGCAGCCGCAGCAACAAAUGAAUAAUGCCCAUGCUCUGUUCCAGCAGCAAUUUCAACAACAACGGAGGCAUCAGCAUCAGCAGCAGGAACAGAUGAGGAAAAACUCGAUUGUUUUGGGUAUGCAUCAGCAUUUGCAACAACAGCAACGGACAUCAAUUCCACACCAACUUCAGCAAACUUUUUAUAUCCCACAGAACCAUGACGACGACGAUGAUGAUGAUGAUGACGAGGGCGGACUCCAAACGUUGUACGAUGGGAAUAAGAUCAACAACAUUAAGAGCUCAACCCCUUCUAUGGACGCAUAGAAGAAAAAAAAAUCGUCGUUAUUCAAAUGGUCUUCUUCUCUAUUAUUGACCACUUUGUCGAUAUUUGUUUUUAUAACUGUACUAUAGUCCAUUGUCUUUUUGUCCU